UAUCGCGCGCCGCCCAACCCGUGCGCGUGCGCCUGCUGCCCCCGCCGACGAGAAUGGCACAUCCCAAAAUCUCGGCGCCCACUACGCGAUCCGCCGCCCACGGGAGAGCACACGGGGCGAGGGCAGAGGGCAGAGCACCACGGACGUCGCAAUCAUGUCUCCCUUCAAGUUCCAUCUCGCACUCUUGUCUCUGGUCAUCGUUUUCUGUGGGUCGUCCUCCAAGACCCUCGUUGCUAGAAGGUCUUCCUCCAAGUCCUCCUCCUCCUCCUCCUCCUCCUCCUCCUCGAGCGACACCUUCGAGGAGCUGAGACAGUCGCUAAACGUUGGGCAAGACGUUCUCUCUUCCGACCUUGAAAUCUUGAAGAAAAUCGAGGAGGAACAUUUGGGAAGAUGCCCACAGCUGAAGGAUCUCUUGGGGAGUCUGGAGGAAUCGUAACGGCAAAAUCUCCGUGUUAACGAGGCGGUUUCCCCGACGGGUUGGCCGAGCUGAAGGAGAAAGCGACUUCCUGUGGGAACUCCUGCAGUAUAGGGACCUUCCAGUGCCGUGACAGCGGAGUGUGUGUCCUGAGUGCGUGGGUGUGUGACGGCGAGAAAGACUGUGAUGAUGGUAGUGACGAAGAGAACUGCCCAACGACCCCACAGUACACGACCUCAACUAUGCCAUCGACGACUGAGGAGCCUUGUGACGAGGGUCUGUUCCGGUGCGUCCAGAGCAGGAGUUGCAUCCCGUCCCCUUGGCGCUGCGACGGCGACAGGGACUGCGACGACGGAAGCGACGAGGCGGACUGCUCGCAGAUAGUCUGCAGCGAAGGGGAGUUCAAGUGUCCCGCCGGAAGGUGCGUUUCGCGGGAGAGGCUGUGCGACGGCGAGUGGGACUGCGCAGACGGCGGCGACGAAGAAGGAUGCCCCGUUGUUCUUCGGGUAAUCAGUGUGUCCGUCGAUGGUACAUCUGCGACGGAGACAAAGAUUGUGCUGACGGGAGUGAUGAGGUCGAUUGUGACGUCACGUCUUCGUCAGCUGCUAGCUCAACUACGUCAACUCCAGCUUCUCCUUUCCUAAGACUUACGCGACAGCUCUUGCAGAUGGCAUGCGACGCCCACGAGGUCAGAUGUCGCUCAGGCAACGUGUGCAUCCCCAACCUGUGGGUCUGUGACGGAGAAGAGGACUGCGGGGACGGCAGUGAUGAGGAGGGUUGUGGCGUGGCGUCCUCACCGACCACGCCCCCGACAACCCCAUCCACAUCAACUGCAUCGCCGUGCGACUCCGACCAGGUCCGGUGCCGUCUGGGGGGCUGCAUCCUGUCCCUCUGGCGCUGCGACGGCGAGCGGGACUGCUUCGACGGCUCCGACGAGGAGGACUGCGAUUCGCUGCAGUGCGGCCAGAACGAGUUCCGAUGCGCCUCCGACAGCAGGUGUAUCCGCGCGGCCUGGGUCUGCGACGGCGACAACGACUGCCGACGGCAGCGACGAGGCGGACUGCUCGACGAAGGGGCCGCUGCCGGUGGCCAAGAAUCCUUGCGCGUCGAAUCCUUGCAGACACACUUGCAUCCGGGACACCUUCAUGCCCAAGGGAUACUCCUGCCUCUGUCCCUCCGGCCACAGGAUGCUCCUCGACGAAGACGAGUGCGUGCCUACCGAUGACGAACACGUCCAUGACAUGUUGUCGAAGUUCCCUGUUCAGACGCUGGACUGAUGGGAGUGGGAUUCAGACACAAGCGUGAUGCACGGAGACGCACGUACACACACGCGUGAAUACAUUUGCACUUUCAUAUAUGCACGAACGUACAUAUGCACACGCACGCACACAUGAAUACAUACACAUAAACACACAGACGCAUACAUAUAUAUAAAUGUAUAUAUACAUAUAUAUGUGUGUGUUUGUGCGUAUGUCUGUAUGUGACAUAUA